AUGGCCCUUACACCCGGUACACCCACGACCUCCACCCCAUCAACAUUUUGUCGUGUGCCGCGAAGUGUGAGCACGUCCAGUGAAUUGGAAGACCACCGCCUCGCCUCACGUACAAGCUACAGGGGAGGGGGUCAAUGGUUCAUUCCGAGUUCACUUCUCAAUUCUCCAAGCCGCCCCAUAAUACAAGACCAAGCCAAGUCAGGCUCCUACGCGGAGAUCAAGUCGCCCGAAGUCGAGAGCAACGAGACGUUCGGUCAGCAUGAAAACGGCGCGCUACGUGCCGCUCGAGGCUCCGUGUCGGUGUUCUCGUGGCAGAACCUGGGCAUGGCAGCGCACAUGGCUGGCAUCGGCAUCGUAACCAGUACGGUCAGCGGCGUGGUGUACGCGGUGCUGAAUAAUUAUUUACACAUGUCCGCCACGCUGGUCGCGACCGCUGUUGCUCUCAUCGAGUUCCAGCGCAGUCUCCGCGUCUUCACGGGCAUGUUGACCGACACUUUCCCGAUCUGCGGCUACCGUCGACGCCCGUACACUGUGAUCGGGUGGGGACUGUCGUUCGUGUCUUGCCUGCUCAUGGCAAUUCUUCCCUGGGCGCUCCGUACUACGGCGACCAGGCGAUCGCUAUCUUGGACCCCACCCGAGCAACUUGCAACGAUCGACUCAGACGCCCCCAACCGCGGCAUCAAGAUGACCGUCCUCAUGAUGCUUGCCAACUUUGGCACAGUUCUGGCUUACAGUGGAUUCAACGGUGCUCUGAUUGAGAUCUCACAGCAAGAACCGGCGAGCAUUCGAGGCACCGCAGUGGGGAACUGCAACGUCGUCUUCUACUUUUUCUCCAUUAUCUCCGCGUUCUUCACUGGGUUGGGACUUAACAGCGAAGACUACGGCGGUACAUUUUGGUGGUCCAUUGGAUUCAACGCCGUCAUGGGCGUUUGCGCCGGGAUGUCGCUCCUCGUGAUCCCCUUCACUUGGUUUUGCAUCCAAGAGGAGAAAGUAUCAUCCAGUCCGGUUUCCAAGUCCGUGCUCGUCUUCAUCUACGAGCUGCUGCAACAGAAAAUCAUCUACCGGUACAUCGCGUUCCGGUUCUUCUACAACGUGUUGGCGCUGUUCUCGGUGACGACGUCAAGCGCCAUUCAAAGUACGUGGGCUGGUGUGGAACCGCUCAACAACGGCAUCGCGACCAUGCUCGCUGCCUUCCUGACGAUGGUCGGCACGUACUUGACCAAGAAGGACGGGCUGGCGUGGAAUUGGCGCCACAUCAUCAUCGUCGCACAGAUUCUCGUAGUGGCUCUCGAUGCCAUCCCGACAAUGUUCACAAUGUGGGAUGUGUUCCGCAGUCAGUGGUUCUGGCUUGGAGUUCCGCUUCUUGAGAAGAUCCCGUACGCUGCAACCGACUUUGUCGGUGCGUUAUUCAUGCUUGAGGUUGAUAGCCAGGGCUUCGAGGCGACGUUGUUCGGGCUGGCCGUGACUUCACAACGCGUUGGUAUUCCGUUCGCAACGGUUCUCACCAAGACGGUCGAUGGUUACUUCGACAUUGAGCGCGAGUACAUCCAAGCGGACGACCACCACGUGCGCUCUCAAGUCACGUACGCGUACGUAAUCGCCUACGCGGUCAACUUGCUGGCGAUUCUGUUCGUUAUGUUGUUGCCGCGCCAGAAAGAUGAACUGCACCGGAUGCAGCGUGAGGGAGCGAGGAGCAAGGUCGGAGGAAUCGCGGCGAUCAGCGUUCUAAUCUUUGCGCGGGCCUGGUCGCUGAUGACCAACAUCUUGAGCUUGUUCGACUCGACCAAGUGCUUGCGCAUUGCGGGAGGAAGUGGGGGCUAA